AUGCCGCCCUCCGGGCUGCGGCUGCUGCCGCUGCUGCUGCCGCUGCUCCGGCUCUUAGUGCUGACGCCCGGCCGGCCGGCCGCGGGGCUGUCCACCUGCAAGACCAUCGACAUGGAGCUGGUGAAGCGGAAGCGCAUCGAGGCCAUCCGCGGCCAGAUCCUGUCCAAGCUGCGGCUCGCCAGCCCCCCGAGCCAGGGGGACGUGCCCCCCGGCCCGCUGCCCGAGGCCGUGCUCGCCCUCUACAACAGCACCCGCGACCGAGUGGCCGGCGAGACCGCCGAGCCCGAGCCCGAGCCGGAGGCGGACUACUACGCCAAGGAGGUCACCCGCGUGCUCAUGGUGGACAACAACCACAAAAUCUACGACCCAUUCAGGGACGACUUAAAGCGCAGCCUGUAUAUGCUCUUCAACACGUCAGAGCUUCGAGAAGCAGUGCCUGAACCCGUGCUGCUUUCCCGGGCAGAGCUGCGUUUAAUGAGGCUCAAAUUAAGCGUGGAGCAGCACGUGGAGCUGUAUCAGAAAUACACCAACAAUUCCUGGCACUACCUCAGUAACCGGCUGCUGGCCCCCAGUGACUCUUCGGAGUGGCUGUCCUUCGAUGUCACAGGAGUUGUGCGGCAGUGGCUGAACCAAGGAGGGGAUGUAGAAGGCUUUCGCCUCAGCACCCACUGCUCGUGUGAUGACAAAGACAACCAACUCCUAGUGAAGAUCAAAGGGUUCAAUAAUAACCAAGGCAGAGGUGACCUGGCCACCAUUCGAGGCAUGCACCGGCCCUUCCUGCUCCUCAUGGCCACUCCACUGGAGAGGGCCCAGCAUCUGCACAGCUCCCGCCAUCGCCGAGCCCUCGACACCAGCUACUGCUUCAGCUCCAAGGAGAAGAACUGCUGUGUGCGCCAGCUGUACAUCGACUUCCGCAAGGAUCUGGGCUGGAAGUGGAUCCACGAGCCCAAGGGCUACCACGCCAACUUCUGCCUGGGGCCCUGCCCCUAUAUCUGGAGCCUGGACAACCAAUAUAGCAAGGUCCUGGCCCUGUACAACCAACACAAUCCCGGUGCUUCGGCGGCGCCCUGCUGCGUGCCGCAGGUGCUGGAGCCCCUGCCCAUCGUCUACUUCGUGGGCCGCAAGGCCAAGGUGGAGCAGCUGUCCAACAUGAUCGUGCGCUCCUGCAAGUGCAGCUGA